UCCAAUUUUAUCCAAUCCAAAGCCAUACCAUGGGAGCGGUUAUUGCCAGGAGUUAACGCGUGUUUACCUGUUUACAGUCGAAAUAUUUGCGGUGAACGUGAGUCUUUCGUUCUGACAUACAUGUCCCGUCGUGAGAACUCGUCGAGAGUGUCGUCGUGAUGCAAAGUUGACUUCAUGACGGUUAAGUCUUGUCGAAAUCCACACAAGUGCGCAGUGGAAACGUUUAGGCAAGUGCUCCGACUACAUGCACCAUGGCUCUUCGGUUGGCGCUGCGUCGUGUCCAGUUCCACAAGAUCUACGGUCACCGCGAAUUUCUCGGGCUUAGCAGCUUGUUGGGCCCCGAUUGGGACGCCUUCGAGGUGACACUCUGCUGCGCCCGCGUCGCUUGCGUCUCGACGAGCACGAGGUCAAGUUCCAAGAACUUGGAGGAGCCGGCGAGGCCGCUGCCCUUCGUGCGGUCGCGGGCGAGGAUCGCGGCAACCAGGGACUCGCUGAUCCGGACCAGGGACAGCCUGAGGGCCACGCGAGGCCGCGUGUCUGCAGACGUCCGCCAGACCAAGAGGAUCGUGUCCGAGAGGAUCGGAAACCUGAAGGAGAACGUGUUCACGGUGCCCAACGCCCUGUCCCUGGCCAGGCUAUGUUCCAGCCCCGUGCUGGGAUACCUCGUCGUCACAGGGAGCUACACCCCCGCCCUGGUCCUCUUUGGAGCUGCGGGCAUCACUGACGUGCUGGACGGGUGGGUGGCCCGGGCAUUCCCGUCCCAGCAGAGCAACCUGGGGACGCUGGUGGACCCGCUUGCAGACAAGUGCCUGGUUGCCACCCUCUUCCUCAGCCUCACCGUGGCGGGACUCAUCCCGGUGCCCCUCACAGCCCUGAUCCUGGCCAGGGACGGCAUCAUCCUGGGGUGUGCUGGAUACCUGCGGUUUGUCUCUCUCCCCUCUCCCAGGACCCUGGCGCGGUACUUUGACGUCACCCUGGCCACCGUCAAGUUCACGCCCACGACCAUCAGCAAGGCUAACACGGCAAUCCAGCUUGGCCUGGUGGCAGCAACCCUAGCUGCUCCGGUGUUCAGCUUCGUAGGCCACCCCGCACUGCAGGCAUUUUGGUUCCUGACUGCCUUCACGACGACAACUUCUGGAUUGAUGUACAUCUUCUCGAAGGACUCGUACAAGUUCGUUAAAGCGAAGGCAUAGCCCUCGCAUACAUAAUAGAGAUUAUAUUACACACCCUUGUUUUUCCAUGUCGUAAUACUGAUGUCGAAUCCA